AUGACGUUCGCAAGGAGAUGUAUGAUGGGAGUGUUGGGUCUUUUUGCAUUGUGUGCUUCCGUUGCUGUCCCUUUGCAUCCAAACAGAGCCCAUUGUAUAGCGGAUUCUAUGGCAACUUUUAAACGUGCCAUGAUGGUGUGCGUUGAUUUGCAGAAUGGCAUGACUCCGCUGAUGGCGGCAGCAAGGGAUGGCCACACAGCAGCUGCAGAACUGCUGCUGAGCAGAGGGGGUUCGGUGACGACGACCGACAAGGACGGAAGAUCAGCGGCACAAUAUGCCAGCGCCGAGGGUCAUCAUGAACUGGCAAAGAGGCUGGGCGUCACUGAAUGA